CCUGCCUCUAUUAACCAACUGAUUUCCUCCCUUCUCUCUGUCUUUCUCUCUCUUAGGGUUAGGGUUUCUUGUUCUGUGUUUUCAGGGGUUGUGUUCUUCCCUUCCUCCUCGUUUUCCCGUACGCUUGCUCUCCAUCUCUCACUAAUGGCGCAGGAGAAUGCUGCAACUCUCGAUCUCCCGAACGGCGGGGCUGAGAACGGAAGCACCAAGACCGUGAGCUUCUCUUCCCUCAAGCCUCAGCUUGUCCUCCAGGCUUCCAAGGCUGCCGACGCCGUUCAGUUCUACAAGACAGCAUUUGGUGUCGAAGAGCUCAAGCGAGUCAUGCAUCCAAAGAGGAAAGCCGAACAAGAGCUCCCUCUCAUCCUUUGCGCCGAACUGAAGCUUGGAUCCUCCGUCCUCCAAGUCUGCGACCAGACCGACGACUCUUCUGCUCCGGUUGGCUGCGGAAGCGCGUGCAUGUUUUGCCUUGAAACGGACGACGUGGAUGGAGCUGUUAAGAAGGCCGUCAGCGCUGGCGCGACGCUCGAGGGUGAGAUCACAGAGGGCGAGGGCUCUUGCUGCGGUGGACGAGUCGGGAAGGUGAAGGAUCCGUACGGCUAUGCCUGGCUCAUCUGCUCCCCUGCCAAGGAGUGUGCUAACGUGGAAGCUUAAGAGCCGUUUCAUCGGUUCCAUGUUUACUACUUACUAUUUUCUCUUUCUUAUAAGCUUAAGAACAUCUGCUUACUUUACUACUGAUGCUUUCAGUCGUCCUGCUAAUUUGAUAUUGAUCGUACGAUUUAUUUUGAUGAUGCUAAAUGGACGGCUAGUAUUCAGCGCUUAAUCUGUAGCUGUAAUUUUUGGGAACUUUGAAUGACAAAUCGGUCUUUUGCCGUUUUCUUUA